UCCUUUGUACAGAAGACAAAAGCGGCUGUCCCUAUAGUAGUACAUGCUGGUCCCAAGUGGCUAAUGGAUGUGACUUGGCGAGGAGCAGAGGAUAACAACAACAAUUGUGUUGUGUACAGCAAAGGGGGCCAGCUUUGGUGUACAAUGACUAAAAUGCUGUCAGAGGGUGAGGAACUGAUUGCAUUUGCAGUGGAAUUUGACUCCAGGCUUCAAGCUGUCAGCCAAAUGGCCAUCACAGAGGGCAUGUAUCCAGCCCGCCUACUGGACACAAUACAGCUGCUCCCUCAGCAAGCAGCUAUGGCAUCUAUUUUACCUACUGCAAUAGUAAACAAGGAUAUCUUUCCAUGCAAGUCAUGUGGAAUUUGGUACCGCAGUGAACGCAACCUGCAGGCUCACCUCAUGUAUUACUGCAGUGGGAGACAAAGAGAAGCAUCCUCACUAUCAGAUGAGAAAGAGGCUGGUCCUCUUCAGCAACCAUGCCCUUACCCACAUUGCAACAAGAGCUUCCCCAAUGCCAGGGCUCUUGAAAUUCACAUGAAUUCACACAGUGGUUUGAAAAUUGAAGAGCCCCUUUCUGCUGGUGCCAGCCUGAAAUGUACCAUCUGUGACUACAUAGCAGACAAUGUGUUGAGCUUCCAACACCAUAUACUCACCCACCUCACACCAGCUGCCUUCAAAUGCAGUCAUUGCCACUUUGGAUUCCAGAACCAUAGGAAGCUGAUGCAGCACCAGGAGCUCCAUCACAGUCAGAGCAGGAGGUUGCGAAGGGAAAGUGAAAAUGAACACUCACCAGUCAACAGUGAGGACACUUUGCAGUCGAUAACAGCAGAUACAGCAAGCAGACAGGAUGUCCCUCCAUCUCCAGGCAUCAGCCAAAAUAAAGAAAUCUGCUCUGACACAGAGGGAGAAAAAGUAGAGAAAAAUGUACAGUUGGGUGUAACAAGUCUGAAGAAUGAAACACAGCCUGCAGGAAACAGGCAGGGUUUCCCAUAUACCAGAAUCAAAUCAGAGCCGUCCAGCCCACGGCUUGCUUCUUCUCCAAUUCAACAUAACAUAGGAUCCAAUGUCCCAAUGGCUCCCUUCCUUUCUCAGUUCUCUCUCUCCCAAGAUAUCUCUAUGGUCCCCCAAGCUUCAGAAAUCCUGGCUAAAAUGUCUGAAUUGGUACAUCGUAGGUUAAGACAGGGUGGCAGCAACUAUCCCCCUGUCAUUUACAGUCCAUUGGUACCAAAAGGGGCUAUUUGUUUUGAAUGCAAUAUCACGUUCAACAACUUGGAUAACUACUUGGUUCACAAAAAACAUUAUUGCAGCACCCGCUGGCAGCAUGUAGCUAAGUCGCCAGACUUCGCCAACACCGGUGAGAAGGUACCAGAGACAGUUAGUCCCAGUAGUGGGCAUAGUCCUAUUAACAUUCACAGUGCCCUUUGUAAUUUACCUGAUCCAGAAAAUCCACUUGUUCAGCCAACUAAUAUUAACUCUUCUGUAGUCGUAGACGUUGCUGGCUCAAAUGGGAAAAGUCCGGAAAAAGAUAUUUCUACGCAGUUAAAAAAAGAGUCAGCUGCUAGUAGCAAUGAUGAACAAUUGAAUGGCAAGUCCAAGGAUGGGAACUGCCCCGGCACUCCCAUAUUGGACAUCGCUAAUGAUCCGAAUAAAACUACAUGUGAAGCUUGCAAUAUAACCUUUAGCAGACAUGAAACAUACGCUGUGCACAAACAAUACUACUGCGCUUCACGUCAUGAUCCACCAGUGAAACGUAUGGCGGCAAAUAAGGUACCAGCGAUGCAAAGAACUAUACGUAGCCGCAAGCGGCGGAAAAUGUAUGAGAUUUCCCUCCCAGAACAGGAACAGAGAUCGCAGAUGGUCCAUCAAGCUUUUCUUAGUGUAUCAGCCAUGGGGAGUCCUGGAACGUCUUCUCAAGAAUCCCUAGACAAUCUAGGUGAACCCUCCCACCAGAGACCCGACAUGUUACUUGGAAAGCAUGUGGAGCCCUCCAUCCCUGGGAUUCGAAAUGUGACAUCUGUCAAGUGCAGUGCCCCGUUGCCUGUCGUUGUCGGAAUGGAACUGGAUCUUCCCAUGGAUUUAAGCAAAAAGUGUUCGCCUCAAACUGAAAAAACAGCCUGUUCUCCUAAAAGACUUUUAGACUAUCAUGAAUGUACUGUGUGCAAGAUUAGUUUUAACAAAGUAGAAAGUUACCUUGCUCACAAGCAAAACUUUUGUCCAGGAAUGGGUCACCAACGUGGUGAAGUAACCCACUUAGAACAAACAAAAUUUCAAGAGCUGCAAAAAGAAGGUGCUUCGGUGAAAAGUGAAACAAUCAGCCCUGCAGGCAGCAAUGAACGAAAUAUAAUCGCAUGUGAGAAAAAUGAAAGUUCAAAGCUCAUCUCUCCAAAUGGAAGUAUAUUCCCCACACAAUUAACAACCCUCCAAGGGCUGAAAACUUUCAAUGAGGCAGCUCAAAUCAUUUCUGCUAAGGAAGAAAACAAGAACUUGCUCUAUCCAAAUUGCCUUUAUCCUGGAGCAAUAAAAAAAUUGACUGGGACUGAGCAGUUAUCUCCAUAUUAUGGAGUUAAGCCUACUGACUAUAUCUCAGGAGCUGUUUUCAUACGCAGUGAAAUGGAUGAGCUGGUGCAAGUCACACGUGAUAAGAUUGAUCCUUCUCCAGAUCAUUCUGUUUCCAAUGGAUGUUCUCUUCAGAAGAAGGAACCUGUUCCAUCAGUGCCAAAGAGCAGGGGUAUGAUAGCAGUCAAUGGAGGAAUCAAACAGGAAAACAGGCCUUUCUCAGGCAACCCACAUCAAGAUAGCUUAUCCCAGAGUUUCCAACAACCAGCCAGCCAAGAAUCUCCUCCUUGGGUUGCUGAGAGUCCCACUCCUGCGACUGAAAAUGCCUUGCCCUCAGCUAAAGCGUCAUUGGAAGAGCAAUUAGUUCACACACCAAAAAGCAUUGGUGGUUCUGUCCAGCCCACAAACAGUGGAAAAUACUGUCGUCUCUGUGACAUUCAAUUUAAUAACUUGUCUAACUUUAUAACUCACAAGAAGUUCUACUGCUCGUCACAUGCUGCGGAACAUGUCAAAUGAAAAUGAAAUGUCAUGCACUGCGUCUGUCUGUAGUAUAGUGUUAGCCAUGCACAGUUUGUAUAAAAAAAUAAAAAAUGCUGCUUGAGUUACAUCAGGACAGUUACACCAGGACAAUCAAGGGAUAGCUGUGUAGUUCAAUGGCUUGAGGCUAGUCUGUCAUUUCAUAAUGCUGUUCAUAAGUCUUGAUAUUGAUGUGAAAUGUCCGUGCUAUUUUUCACCAGAAUUAAUUUAUUUUCCAAGCAGUAUUCAUAGCUGUGGUUAAAUUUCAAUUUUUAUUUAAAAAAGUUUAUACUGAAAUUGUUUUUAAUGUUAUUGUAUAGUUAUUCUCGUGAAACAAUUACGGUUUGCACUGUAGAAAGAGGUCUGAGUCACAUACAUAGAGACAGCAUUUGUAGGUAAACUGGUGAGGUAAAGCACUUGUGUAUUCAAAUAUCCCUGUAUUUGUUGCAACUUUGCUGUAAAUGCCAAAAUAUAAGUUGCAUUAACUUAAGACUGCAAAUGCCGAAGUAGGCCUUAAAAACUACUAAAGUGGCAUAUAAAAUUCCAUUUCAUAUUUAAUACAUUUUCAGACCUAAAUUGCAGCUUAUAUAUCAGCAUAUACAGUAAUUAGUAGGCUUUGCAUAAGAUGAAAUAUAUGUAGCAGUUUGUUCCUAUCCAUUUUCUUAAACUGAGGUAUGUAUGUUUUAUUGAAGUUGUUAACUUUCUUGUAUAGUAAUCUGUACUGUACUUUCCUUUGCUGAUGCUUUUGUCUCACUUUUGAAACAUUUGCUGUAAAAUGCAAAAUUUAAUAUGAACAACAUUACUGGAAGCAGUAUUGAACAGUAGUUGAAACCUUCAUGCUGUACGUUAUUGAAAAUAUAAUUAGUAGUUGCAGUUUGCUGUUGCAAAAGUCAUCUAGGGGACAAUAAUAUCUGAAUAAUGGAGUACCAAUACUGCAACU